UUCCCGCCUAUCCCGACGCGCACCACGCAUGCGCGGCGGCCAUCUUCCCUCAGUCCCGGUGCGACGGGAUACAUUGCAACAGUAAAAACAAAAUAUUGACACGGUGCGCGCUAAAUAUUACACAAAAUGGGCAAAAUUAAUUCUGACAGAGACCCUGAAGUUUCAGAAGACAUGGUGGAAUCAAUAGACGAGUUAAAAGAAAGACUCUCAGUCAUGAAGAAGAUGAUGGAGGAAAGGAAAGCUGCUGGCACUGGCACCAAGGAGUUGUUCCAAGGCCAGGCUUCCAGUCUUCAAGGAACCACCAUGAUUGAUGGCAAUUUCCUCAGUUUUGUCUUCGGAGGGUCCCUUUUCGUGAUCAUCAGUGUGUCAGUAUAUGCCUUCUACAAUUUAUACCACGCGGUCCUUAAGAAAUUCCCCUCGACCCACACGGAGUUGUAAUUUGAACUCUAUUGAAACGCAACAAGGUUCAUUUGUGAUUCUCGUAAAUUGUGUGAGAACGGACAAUAUGUUUUCUUAGUUCGGAAUGAUUAAAGUAUGAGUAACUUUU